GAUGGAACACAUCUCUCUUUUUUGAACAAAGUCUACGAAAUUAGCGGGCUUGUCCAAGAAAAAAGCCAAGAAUUUCCUUUGGAAAGCGUAUUCUUUACUCAAUCUACCCACCCGACGAAACCCUAACUUGUUUCCUUGCAUCCUAUCCAACCUCCGCUGGCUUCAAUGUGCACAAAGACUCACUGGAUGCUUGUGAUGGAGUAGCAGGGUUCAUGAUGAAGAGUUCAACAGCUGGGGAGGAGGAUUCUCGGUUCGCAAUCAGACUGGAAUGCCAAGGCGAUGUUCCAAAAACUCAUUUCAAGCCCAGGGCACGGAAAACUCUUAGUGCUAGAAGAUGGAAAGCUUCAUUUUCUCAAGAUGGUCAUCUGGAUAUUGCAGGUGUGCUUAGGAGGAUUCAAAGAGGGGGUGUUCAUCCAUCAAUCAAAGGGGUUGUGUGGGAAUUCUUGUUGGGUUGCUUCGAUCCCAACAGCACAUUUGAUGAACGGAACGAGCUCAGGCAAAGGCGAAGGGAGCAGUAUGAAGCUUGGAAGGCUGAAUGUCAAAAUAUGGUACCUAGCAUGGGUAAUGGAAAGUUCAUUAUGGCACCAAUAAUAAUGGAUGAUGACCAAAUGAUCAAGGAUCUGACAACCAACACUGAUUCAGGAGAUGACGAUGGAGCCACUUCUAGUAUCGACUCUGUUUUAGCCAAGAAAGUGACUCAGUGGAAGCUUGGCUUGCAUCAAAUUGGUUUGGAUGUCAUACGCACUGACCGUGCUCUCGUCUUUUAUGAAAGUGAAGCUAAUCAGGCAAAACUUUGGAAUGUUCUUGCUGUUUAUGCUUGGGUUGACCAUUCAAUUGGCUACGUUCAAGGAAUGAAUGAUAUUUGCUCUCCAAUGGUUAUUCUCAUGGAGAAUGAAGCAGAUGCCUUUUGGUGCUUUGAGAGGGCAAUGCGUAGACUGAGAGAAAAUUUCAGGUCCAGCGCAACCUCCUUAGGGGUGCAAUCUCAGUUGAGUACUCUUGCAGGAAUAAUUAGAGCUAUUGAUCCAAAGCUUCAUGAACACCUUGAGGAACUAGAUGGUGGGCAGUAUCUGUUUGCACUUCGUAUGCUGAUGGUACUUUUCCGGAGAGAGUUGUCAGUUGUGGAUGCGCUGUACCUUUGGGAGGUGAUGUGGGCAAUGGAAUAUAAUCCAAACAUCUCUUCAUUAUAUGAGGUUUCAAGGUCUAGAUCAGAUGUGGCGCCAAAUGAAAAUGUUGUAUCCAAAACGGAUACUAAGCAGCUGAAGCAGUAUGGGAAAUAUGAGAGAAAACUUAUAAAGACUGGACACGGGGACCAAAAGAGCGCCCUCGUAGUUUUCCUCGUUGCAAGUGUCAUUGAGGCCAAGAAAAAACGACUUCUGAAAGAGGCUAGAGGUCCAGACGAUGUUGUCAAGAUUGUGGGGGAAAUAACGGCUAGUUUGGAUGCGAAAAGGGCAUUGAGAGACGCAUUGAAGAUCCAGGAAAAGUACCUACGGAAGACCAAGCAAUUGUAGCUAGUUCUGUGGAGCAUCGGCAACAUAUAUGUAUUCCAUAGCGAUUCAACUUGAUUCUUAUUCCGACCUCGCAGCAUCAAUUUUUUUUUAGUAGAAGCAUCUAUUUUUGUACCUCGGCAACUGUACAAAACAUUGAGGAGUCUUCUCUGUGUUUGUUUUAUGUAAGACAUUGAGAUGAUAUGGAUAUGUACCACGGGAACUAUAUAAGAGGGUUAAUUUGUAUCAGUUGGAUCACAAA